AUGAAAAAUGAGACACACAGUGAGUCUGAUUCAGAAAAGAAAGCUGUGGAUUACACCAUCCAACCCAAAGCGGACCCUGAGGCCUCUAGACUUGAGACCCCUGCCUCAGUGCAGGACGUCAUGUCUAAGAUUGAGCAAGCACAGCUCCUUCGAGCCAGAGAGGGCAUUAAUAUUCAGCUGAGUGACAUAAAGAAAAGUGUGCAGGGGAUCGUUCAUCGCUACACUUUUGAUGAGUUUGUGGAGACUGGAAGGAAAGUGUCUCUUUCAGACUAUAAGAAACAGAGAACAAAGGUGCUGGAGAAAGUAUCUUUUUGUGCUAAUUCUGCUGACAUUAAAGAAAAGAUUCUUAUCCACAUCCUGGCCUGGUUGAAAGAAUGGAAUGCCAUUUUGUCUGAUAUGACUGAAGUUGAUAUUGAUGAACACCACCACUGCAUAACACAAAUGGAGAUUUUACCAAAAACGUUCAAAGCUAUCGAGAGCAAUGUCAAGAGGUUGAGUGUAAUUAGUACCUCUUUGCUUGAAGACAAGAAGAAAGAAGAGGAAAAAAAAAUGUCUAGAAAAGCUCUAUGGAAAUCUUGGAAAGAAAGAGUUAUAAAGCGACCUGCAACAGUCCAUGCUUUAACACCAAAUCAGAUGAUUGGUGAUGAAUUUGCAACAAAUACAAAGGUUUCAGAAAUUCAAGCCAUGCUACAGGAACUCAUAGAUACUACAAUGUUCAAUAAAUUGGAAAAUAAUGCUAUUAACUAUAUAGCAUCAACAAUAGAAAACCUUUCUAAAGCGUUGAGUUCACUAAAUAAUGAAGCAAAAGUUAUUAACCUCCAUCCUGAGAUAUGUAUAAGUGAGGAAAGUGAAAAAGAACUCUCACUGCAGAUAAUACAAGAGCUCAGUGAAGAAAACGAAAGGCUUCAGCGGAAACUUCAAGAAGCAGAAGAAAAAUGUGAGCAGUUUAUUAAAUUCAAAACAUUGCCCACAUCAACCUUGAAGGUGUUAUAUGAGUUUUCUCCAAAAUCAUCCAUGGGCUUUAGCAUGACUGAUGAAGCAGCGAGUAUGGACAAUACUUGGAUGAAAGAAUUUGAAAAUAGAAUGGAUGGGGCCCAAAGAAAGGAGACCCAAGGCUCAGUGUUAAAGUGGGACUCAGCAAGUUCACAUACAGCCCAAGUUGAAAUGACUCCAGAUUUAAUUGAACAGCAAUUCCUUUUACUUGAAAAACCACCAAAAAUACCUUCCAAAGAUACCACUGAAGAUAAGAUAUCACUGAAGAAAGGUGACAUCUAUCAGAAAGGUUGGACUGAUGAGUAUCAAUCACAGAAAAGGAAGAUCACAAAAGCCCCAUAUGAGUUUGAGACCUCUAGAUCAAAUCUGAGUAAGCAGACAAGUAAACAAAUAAUCUCGAAGACCAAAGUGGAUUAUGACUUCGAUCUACAAUCACAGCAAAAGACGAGUCAAGAAAUACAACCCCUUUCUAUAGCACGGCGAAAGACAAGUCAAGAAAUACAGCCCCUUUCUAUAGCACAGCAAAAGACAAGUCAAGAAAUACAGCCCCUUUCUAUAGCACAGCAAAAGACAAGUCAAGAAAUACAACCCCUUUCUAUAGCACAGCAAAAGACGAGUCAAGAAAUACAGCCCCUUUCUAUAGCCAAAUCAAAGUCAUUCAUUGAAUCAAAAAGUCAACACAUUCUUUCUAAUUUCCCUUCUACUGACACAAAGAGCCAAGGUGGCAAAAGUGGAACAAGUAGUAAGUGGGAACGACUCAGGAAGUACAAAAUUGCAUAUAUACUUGAGAAAUGCCAAGUUAUUUCAGACCACAAGAAGAAAUCCACCACCGAGUUAAUGGCCAAAGAGAGUAAAAGUGUUAUGAGUUUCCAAGCAGUGCCAUCUGGGUCAAUCCAACCUGAUGAAUCCUCUGAGAAAGUAAAAAUAGAAGGAAAGGAACAUCAAAUCUCUUCAGAAAUUACCACAAGCAAAGAAGGAAAAACUGAAGAGGAGGACACGUCAGUCUUUACCAAGAAGGGCAAGUCUCAAGAACUUGUUGAAUCACAAUCUAAGACUUCAGAAUCUACUACAGUUCUAGGAAGUCCAGAGGGCAAAAGUGAACAGGCUAAUCUAGAUGAAUUUCACAACGCCAUAAUGUCUUUCUUAAAAGAGAAAAUUGAUAACACAGAAAAUCCUUUGGAUAAAAAGACUGUGCCAGAAGAAGAGUUAUUAUUAAGAAAAGCAGAAGUUGAAAAAUUAGGAAUCAUAAAGGCAAAAAUGGAAGAAUAUUUCCAAAAUGUGGCUAGAGCUGUGGCAAAAAUCUUGAGAAAAUACAAAGACAUUAAAAUAGCAGGACAAAUUAGAGAGAAACAAAUGGAACAAACAACAGUCUCAUUUAUGCCAGGACUACAUUUACAGGAGCCAAUUAGUCCAAAGUCUGAAAUUAGCUCCUUACUCUCAUCUGAGAGCAUGGACCCAGUAAUACAAAAUUUAACACAAGAGAUCUUGACUGAAAUAGAUGCUCCAGUCGUCUCAAUAGCAGGGAAAGACCAUAUGGAGAAGGAAAAACAGAGGCAGGAGGAAUAUUUGCCAGAGGUUCAAGGAGAAAGUUUGAAUAUGAAUCUUAAACACCAGUUGCAAGAAAGGAAUCUCUGGAAGAUGGGCUAUAAGAGGAUAAAAAAGGAUUUGCAACAGCUCCAGCCGAAGGAGGGAAAGCAAGAGCAACAGAAGCAGGAUCAGUGGCAGGAAGAAGUGUGGGAGCAACAUCAAAAACAGAGGAUGCAAAAGCAGACCGAGCAAGAUGAGAAGCAAAAGGGAAUGGAAGAGGAAGAACAGCAGAAGCAAAAGCAGCAGUGGCUGGAAGCACGGAGGCAAAAAAUGAAAGAGCAAGGAGUGUCCUUGGAGAAGGAGGAGGGACAGCAGAUGGAGCAGCUUCAGAAGGAACUGGAAAGUAGCUGGAAGGAAGAGGAAGAGAAGCAGAAGCCAAAGAGAAAGGGAAGGGAUGAUGAAAGUCAGUGGCAUAAAAAAGCAAAGGAGCAGUUGAAGAUUAAGGAGGAAAGACCUGAAGAACUAGAAAAUGUGUUAAGUAGCGCUUCAAUAAGAUUGACUCCCAGGUGGAAGAACACAUGGAAACGUGCAUUACGUUCACGCACAAAAAAAGAGUUCCAUGUGAAUCUUGCUGAUGAAAAGCACUCCGAACCAGUCAUUCCUCCCUCCUCGACACAGUUUUCCUCACCUGGGCCCUUUUUUAUUCCUGGACAGUUUCCUACAAAGUCCAUUGCUGUCAUUCAUGAGGAGGCCGAGUCCCAGGGCAUCACUCUCUCUCCUGAGCAGGCGCAGGCACAGGGCAUCACUCUCACCCCUAGUCAAGCCCUGGCACAGGGAAUCACUCUCACCCCUAGUCAAGCCCUGGCACAGGGAAUCACUCUCACCCCUCAGCAGGCCCUGGCACAGGGAAUCACUCUCACCCCUAGUCAAGCCCUGGCACAGGGCAUCACUCUCACCCCUAGUCAAGCCCUGGCACAGGGCAUCACUCUCACCCCUAGUCAAGCCCUGGCACAGGGCAUCACUCUCACCCCUAGUCAAGCCCUGGCACAGGGAAUCACUCUCACCCCUCAGCAGGCCCUGGCACAGGGAAUCACUCUCACCCCUAGUCAAGCCUUGGCACAGGGAAUCACUCUCACCCCUAGUCAAGCCCUGGCACAGGGAAUCACUCUCACCCCUAGUCAAGCCCUGGCACAGGGAAUCACUCUCACCCCUAGUCAAGCCUUGGCACAGGGCAUCACUCUCACCCCUAGUCAAGCCCUGGCACAGGGAAUCACUCUCACCCCUAGUCAAGCCCUGGCACAGGGAAUCACUCUCACCCCUAGUCAAGCCCUGGCACAGGGCAUCACUCUCACCCCUAGUCAAGCCCUGGCACAGGGCAUCACUCUCACCCCUAGUCAAGCCCUGGCACAGGGAAUCACUCUCACCCCUCAGCAGGCCCUGGCACAGGGAAUCACUCUCACCCCUAGUCAAGCCUUGGCACAGGGAAUCACUCUCACCCCUAGUCAAGCCCUGGCACAGGGAAUCACUCUCACCCCUCAGCAGGCCCUGGCACAGGGAAUCACUCUCACCCCUAGUCAAGCCUUGGCACAGGGAAUCACUCUCACCCCUCAACAAGCCCUGGCACAAGGCAUCACUCUCACCCCUAGUCAAGCCCUGGCACAGGGCAUCACUCUCACCCCUAGUCAAGCCCUGGCACAGGGCAUCACUCUCACCCCUCAGCAGGCCCAGGCAUUGGACAUCACACUCACCCCUCAGCAGGCCCAGGAGCAGGGAAUCACACUCACCCCUCAGCAGGCCCAGGCACUGGACAUCACUCUCACCCCUCAGCAGGCCCAGGCAUUGGACAUAACUCUCUCCCCUCAGCAGGCCCAGGCAUUGGACAUCACUCUCACCCCUCAGCAGGCCCAGGCAUUGGACAUCACACUCACCCCUCAGCAGGCCCAGGCAUUGGACAUCACACUCACCCCUCAGCAGGCCCAGGAGCAGGGAAUCACACUCACCCCUCAGCAGGCCCAGGAGCAGGGAAUCACACUCACCCCUCAGCAGGCCCAGGCAUUGGACAUCACUCUCACCCCUCAGCAGGCCCAGGCACUGGACAUCACUCUCACCCCUCAGCAGGCCCAGGCACUGGACAUCACUCUCACCCCUCAGCAGGUCCAGGCACUGGACAUCACUCUCACCCCUCAGCAGGCCCAGGCGUUGGACAUCACACUCACCCCUCAGCAGGCCCAGGAGCAGGGAAUCACACUCACCCCUCAGCAGGCCCAGGCAUUGGACAUCACACUCACCCCUCAGCAGGCCCAGGCACAGGGAAUCACACUCACCCCUCAGCAGGCCCAGGCAUUGGACAUCACUCUCUCCCCUCAGCAGACCCAGGCACUGGGUAUCACUCUUACCCAUGAGCAGCAUGAACAGUCUUUGGGGGCCCCUCUCACCUCAGAUAAUGCCCAUGUCUUAGGAUCUCCCCUUACCCGUGAGCAAGUUCAACCUUCGGGAGCUCCCUUCACCCCAGGACAGGCCCAGCCCAUGGGUAUUACUCACAUGUCUAAGCAGAGCCUAGAACCAAGAGCUCCUCCCAUUAAUGAGCAAUUUUCACAAUUCCGGGCUGGUCCUUCUUCAGGACAUACCCAGGAAGUUGGGAUCUUUUCCAUUCCUGAUAAAUCCAUCAAACCAAGUGCUCCUCACAUGCCUAAGCCGUCCACCAGAUUGGCCCCUUCUACUCUGAAACCAUUUCAAGAAUCAAAGACUCCUCUCCUUUCUGGGCAAUCCACUACAUCAAGAACUAGAUGGUCCCUGGUACCAUCUGCUCUUAUUGAUGAGAAGACCCCUGGAUUUAAGGUCUCUUCUACUUCUUUGCAGACAUCAGGGUUUCCUUUUACCCAAGCCCCAUUUGUCUCUGGGAAAUCCCGAGGAAAGGGGAGCUUCGGUAGGGAGCUUCCUUCCUCUAAACAGACACUGGUUUCUAAGGGUCAAUUCACCCCUGUGAAGUUCCUAGCACCAGAGGUCCCUCCCACCCCUGGGAAGCUUUCAGUAUCUGGGACCCCUCCCACGCUAGGGCAGCCCCUUACACUGGAUUCCCUUCUUAGCCCUAGGCAGAUCCUCAUACCUAGGGACUCUCUGACUCCCCAGUCACCCCUGAUAUCAAAGCUUCCUCUUGCCUCCAGGCAACCUCUUAUAUCUGGGAUUCCACCCGCCUCUUCACAGAUUCCCAGUCUCUGGGCUCCUCUCUUUCCUGGGAAGCCUUUGAUUCCUAGGGCCCCUUCUGUGCCUGGGGAGCUCAUGGAAUCUGGACUCUCCACCUCUGAGCAGCCCCAGGCAUUUCAGCUCCCUACCGCCUGUGAGCAAUCUCCCUAUCUACAGGCCCCUUCUACCCUUGGGGAGCUUCCGGCACCACAGACCUUUCCUGGGCAAGCUUUCCCACUACGGAUCUCUCCCACCCCCGGGCAUCCCCCACCACCACGGGCCCCCUCAACCCCUGGAAAGCCCCCAAAAGAUUUGUCUCUGAAAUCUAAAGCAGCAUUGGUCCAUCCCGGUGCUCCAAGUUUCAAGGUACCACCAGCCCCUUUCACCACUAAGAAGUUCCAAAUAUCAGAGGUCUCUGACACUUCUGAAGAAAUCCAGGAACUCCGAGAUUCUUUUACUCUGGAACAACUUAGGACAUUUCAGUCCUAUCUCACCAAGUAUAGGACACCAGUAUCACAAACUCCUUACAUUGAUGAGGGGGCCCUGCCCGCUCGCAUGAAGCCUAUAACAUCACUGCCUCCUCUUACUACUCAACUACCCAAAAGAUCACAGAUUGCACCUUCCGAAUGGGACUGGAAAUCCCGAUUUCCCCCUAUAAGUAAGCCCUGCGUACUGACUUCAGUUUCAGGUACCAAGAAACUCAAGAUGAUGAUACCCCCUUCCUCUUUCCAAGAGCUCAAAGAGCAGAGGUAUUUUGUUGAUGUGAAGGCUCAAAGGAAGAACCUGAUACUCUUAAAUCAGAGCACAGAAACUUCUGGACACCCUUCAGAGCUAAAUACAACAGCUAGAAAUCUCAUAAUUGAGACACUUCAUACAGACACAGUUCGACUGGGAUACCUAUUCCGCAAGUACAUUGCCUAUAGGCUGAUCCAGCGUGCAAGAAACAACAUAAUCAAAAGAAUACUAGCCAUCCAAAACAGUGGGAGAGGUUAUGAGACCCAGAAUCUUUACAUAAUGCUGAACAGAAUUGAUGGCUACCAGAAAAAGAUGAUGGGGGUCUGGACCGAGAAGCAAAAGUCUCUAGAGCAGAAACGGAAUCAGUGCCUGAGGAAAAUGAUGUUCUUAUUUAGCCAGCUCCAAGAUAUGUAUCAGUUGAAUCUUAGUCAACCUGUACCUUUGCUCAUCGACAAAAAGCAGAAACCUACCCCUACCAAAUUUAUUCAACAGCCAUUCCUAGAGCUACUAAUGAAAGAGGACAGAAAAUCUGACAUAUUCAAGAAAUUUAGACAAGAAGACCAGAUGGCAGCCAUCUGGAAUGCUGACCAGUCCACUACAAGCUACCCAAUAGCUGAGAAGACAUCACUACAUUCACUGUGGGCCCAGCUGGGUGGGUACCCACCUAUUCCCAUGCUGCUCCAGUUAGAUGUUCAGUCUUCCUUCAGAAAAUCUCUUGCAUCCAUUCAAUCACAGUAA